AUGGCGCUGUACCACCAAACCGUGGAUUUCCUUUCCGACUCCUGGACCAACCAACACACGCAGCUUCCCCUUCUAGCAGUUACAGGGGCGUCUUUCACGCUCGGUCUUCUGCUUCGAUCGCUUUUCAAACGCAACGAAUCUGCCAACACGAUUCUUAUUUCACCCCGCUCCACGGUUCUGCCUAGCCUGUCGGAAGACGAGAACCGUAAACUGCCUCUCCCGAACGACGUUCUUCCUGGUGCUCGCGAUGUAGCCAGUCCAUAUGGAUCAAUCCGAGUAUAUGAGUGGGGUCGUGAAGAUGGCCCCAAAGUGUUGCUGGUGCAUGGAAUCACCACGCCGUGUAUUGCACUCGGCGGGGUGGCCCAUGCGCUAGUUGACCGCGGCUGCCGCGUGAUGCUCUUCGAUUUAUUCGGAAGAGGAUACUCCGACUGUCCCGCGGACCUCCCGCAGGAUGAUCGACUCUUCGCCACGCAGAUCAUGCUGGCUUUGACAUCAUCUCCCAUUUCCUGGACCGGUGCUGAGUCUGGAAAAUUCUGUCUGGUUGGGUACUCGCUAGGCGGAGGAAUUGCGGCGGCAUUUGCGUCUUUCUUCCCGCAACUUUUGUCAUCGCUUGUGCUUCUAGCACCCGCGGGAUUGGUUCGUGAUUCACAAAUCAGCUUCCAGAGCCGUCUUCUGUAUUCACGCGGCCUUAUGCCCGAAGGCCUACUUGGAUACCUGGUGGGCCGUCGAUUACGUGCAGGCCCGUUGGUGAAGCCUAAGCCCAAAAACGAGAAGCUCAAUGCCGCGGAUGCUCUGACCGAGGAGAUCCCUUCCCAGGGAGCCGCGGAGGUCCAGAUUUUGUCUCGCGAGUACCCCCAUAUCAACAUUCCAUCUGCUGUAGCCUGGCAAGUGAACAACCACUCAGGAUUUGUUCAUGCUUUCAUGUCGAGUAUGCGUCACGGGCCGAUUCUGGGACAGCGGCAAUGGGGGUCAUGGGCCCGACUUGGCGAAUAUCUGAGCGCACAGAAUAGGAUUUCUUCUGAAGCGAAAAAUGAGAAAGGUCUGCCCAGUGAUAAGGUCCACAUUCUCUGUGGUAACAAUGAUGCCAUCAUUAUCAAGGAUGAGCUGGUCACCGAUGCCACUGCCGCACUUGGUGGGAACGCUAUCUUCAAGUUCUAUGAGGCGGGCCAUGAGUUUCCAAGCACCAAGUACGAGGAAGUGGCGUCCUAUAUUGGAAAGUUGCUUUAG